AUACACAAUUUUCACAUAGCGCAAAGUGCAUUUAUUUUGGGAUGGAUCAGCUCAGCCAAGCUAAUUAAGGAAAAAAUGGUGCCUUAUGCACCUUGAUUCUGAAGCAGCUAGAAUCACCAGAUAACCAUGACAUCAGUCAUGCAUCUUGCUAUUCUUCUUAUCAUUGGUGCGUCGCUGCGGCCAUCGGCUGCCGCCAUUGCAGAUGGUCUGUUGUGUGCCUACAAGCCACAGUCGCCAGAUGGGCCAACCUACUUCGAGGAAGACGGCCCGUCACUGGGCCGCAUCAUUAGUGACCCCGCCGGCAGCGAUCAGCAGCUGAUGCGCUGUUACGAGCCUGAGAGCUACUGCUUCACCGUAUUGUCAGCACCAGAUGACAAUUCCACGGAGGCAGCGACCCCUAUCCUUUUGCAAGGAUGUGUCAAGAUGUCACAAAUCGUGGCACAGUGUGGUCAGGCUGAGUGCGUGGCGCGUAUCGAGGAUGUUCGCGCGAGAACCCGGUUCUGCUGCUGCCGCGGCUACAUGUGCAACGCCAACGUCAGCCUGGUGCUGGUGCCAACGACGACGGAGCGCGCGCCCGAGCCGCCGGCCGAGCCAGCGCUGAGUCCCCUGCUGGUGGCCACGGUCGCCUGUGUGACGGUGCUCUGCCUGUUCGCCGUGUGCGCGACUCUGUGGUGCCACCGGCGUCGGCUGUUCGGCCAGAAGCCGGUGCCGCCGCCGCCGGCCACCGAACCGUCGCCGUUUACCCCGACCAUCGACCUGUCUGAUCUACAGCUGGGAGAGAUUAUCGGCCGCGGUCGGUACGGCUCGGUCCGAAAGGGCAUCCUCCACGGCGAGGAGGUAGCCGUCAAGAUUUUCCCGGCCUGGUUCCGACACUACUUUCUCUCGGAGCGCGACAUUUACUCGCUGCCCUGGAUGGAGAGCCGGUCGCUGGUGCACUUUUACGGCGCCGACGAGCGGCCGACCGAGGCGGGCGUCGAGUAUCUGCUGGUGAUGUCGCACGUGUCACAGGGCACGCUGCACGACUUUUUGCAGGCCAACACGCUGCAGUUUCAGCAGAUGUGUCAGAUGGCGCUGACGGCCGUCAGAGGCCUGGCGCACCUGCAUACGCCCAUCGACAAACACGGCGUGGUGAAGCCGGCCGUGGCACACAGAGACGUCAACAGCCGCAACAUUCUGGUCCGUGCCGACGGCACGUGCUGCAUCUGUGACCUCAGCUUCGCCAUGAAGAUCAGCGGGGGUCGCUACUACAACCAGGGCGAGGAACUCAGCGCGGAGACCACCUCGCUGAGUGACGUGGGCACGCUGCGUUACAUGGCUCCGGAGGUCCUGGAGGGUGCUGUGAACCUACGCGACUGUGAGACGGCCCUCAAACAGGUGGACAUGUACGCCAUGGCCCUGGUGCUCUGGGAGCUGGCGUCUCGCUGUGUCGACCCCUACCAGGGCAUGGAGGUGCCACCCUACCGACUGCCCUACGAGGCUGAGAUAGGCACCCACCCGACCAUCGAUCAGAUGCAGGUGCUGGUCACCCGUAACCGGGCGCGCCCGCUGCUGCCGGACGUGUGGAAGGACACGAACCCGGCGCUGCGCCAGCUGCGGGAGACCAUUGAGGACAGCUGGGAUCCGGACGGCGAGGCGCGGCUGACGGCGCUCUGCAUGCUGGAGCGCAUCAGCGAGCUGCCGCUGCUCUGGGAGAGAUAUAAAGGUAACCUGGGCCUGAACGGCCCGCUGCCGACGCUGAACCUGGUGAUCCAGCAGCAGGAGCCGGAGAAGGUCAAAUCGGACGUGAACGUGACGAGCGGCGAGCUGACGGAGCUGGAGCCGUCAGAGACGACUGCGGAGACGCUGCUCACACUGUCUCCCGAUCAGGAGAUGAACCUGCGGAACGCCCAGGUUUCCGCACCGCCGCAGUACGUGUCACAGAUUCAGCCGUACCAGGGCCGCAACCCGUGCAUCGAGCGGAACCUCGCGGCGGCUGACCAGUCUUCCGACUAUCUGGUGGACGGUAACACGCUGAUCGAGCGCUCGGCCGCGCCGCCGAACGGCGUGCUGCCGCCCGAGUCGCAGGCGCUGCUCUCGCCGAUCGCGUCGUCGCCGCCGCCGGCGCGCCACGGCGCCACGCCCAUCCCGAUCGUGCAGAACGCCGUGCACGGCGGCGGCGGGCCGACGGCGGGCGCCGAGCCGGCGCCGGCGCGCGGCUGGCUCGGCCGGCUGCGGCGCGCACUGGCCGGUCGCGGCGGCCGCGCCUCGGCCCAGCCGGUGCCGCUGCAGCCGGUGCUGCCCUCGAAGACGGUGAACGUGGAGACGGCCGGCGACUGCGGCGACCCUGAGCGGCCGCGCUCGCUGCCGCUGUAACCGGCCGGCCGCAGGUCCAGUGCUGGGCUGUGAUACCGCACGGCGUCUGCCCCGCCAACGCGCUGUUUGGUACUGCUGCUUUCGCCGCGCCCCACGCCCUUAUUACUUUUGUACUGUGCACUGCUGCCCGAAAACACCUGCGUUCUCUGUGUACUUUAAACGGAUCGGUGUAUGUGCAUGUCAAGUUCUUACAUGCCAAGCCUGUUCGACUGCCUGUAACCGUCGUCUUUGAACCCAGGCCUGCGUACUCUGUUUAUCUUGUGCAGCGCAAAGAUAUUGUCGGCUUCAUAACUGUCGGAUGGAGCGGACUGUACGCACUACGCAGAGCUAGAGGUGCGAACUCCGAUAGACAACUCAAUCAUUGUAUCUGACCGAGAUUCAUUUUAGUUCUCGCGUAAUAAAAAUGGAUUUCGGAAUUAGAUCUGUGGUUGGUAGAAGCUACUUUUUUUUUACUAAUUUCAUUGUACAAAUACUUUUAUUAGUUGCAUGUUUUGCGUAUAAAGCAGCUUUGCGAGACCAACUGAGUGACACGACGCUGUUCAUCUCUCCAAGCUGUGCUGUCGCGGAGUGUGUGCCGUUUUUGCACGCUCUGUUUAUAGAUAAGCGGUCAGCUCUGGUUCCAGACCGAUCAGAUCUGACCAGCGGUGAACGGUGAUGCGAUGGCCGCGGUGCCCGGACGGCGCCAUCACGCGCAGUGUCCUCGCGCCACUGAAGUGCGUGCCCUAGGCGGGGACGAGCGUAACAUAAGUGAGAUUUGAAAAUGUGUGCUAAAAGCUGUUGCUAUUAUAUUUGUGGCAUGAAGGGGACUAGCGGUUUGCCGAAAUGCACGACAAUCCAAACA